AAUCCCUAAAACCCGUAAAACCUACAAAGCUUACUCGCAGCGAAGAGAGAGAAAGCUCGGCUCUCUCUAUCAAUGGCGGCAUCAGGCGGAGGCGUGGAGUGGCACGUGCGUCCCCCGAACCCUAAGAACCCAGUCGUCUUCUUCGACAUCACCAUCGGUACCAUCCCCGCUGGCCGCAUCAAGAUGGAGCUCUUCGCGGAUAUCGCCCCUAAAACCGCCGAGAAUUUCAGGCAACUCUGCACCGGCGAGUACAGAAAAGCUGGAUUGCCGGUUGGAUACAAGGGGUGCCAGUUCCACAGGGUCAUUAAGGAUUUUAUGAUUCAAGCUGGGGAUUUUCUCAAGGGAGAUGGUAGCGGAUGUGUUUCCAUUUAUGGACUUAAGUUUGAUGAUGAGAAUUUCGAUGCCAAACACACUGGUCCCGGACUCUUGUCAAUGGCAAAUAGUGGACCAAAUACCAAUGGGUGCCAGUUCUUUAUAACUUGCGCGAAAUGUGACUGGCUUGACAAUAAGCAUGUUGUUUUUGGGAGAGUACUUGGAGAUGGGCUUUUGGUUGUUAGGAAGAUUGAGAAUGUGGCUACGGGACCCAAUAAUCGCCCUAAACUAGCCUGUGUUAUUGCUGAAUGUGGGGAGAUGUAAAUCCCAAGUUUAGAAGGCAGCUCUGUAAGAAUUUAUGUAACCAAUAGAAUCUUAAUUCCUAGAAACAGAAACAUUCCAUUAGUUGAAAUCAAUAUUACUUUCCUGAGCAUGUUUACUACAUGUAAGAUUUGACUUCUUUUA